AUGAUGGCUAUUUCCGAGUACUCAGCGGCAACAAGCGGCGGGGUUGAGGAAGUGAUAUGCAUCCUGGACAACAUUGGGGCCCGCAUUGGCUUCACGGCGCUUCGUGAUGGGCUGACUGUCAGGACUGUUCAGGUCUGCCCGGGAUCGUUUGAGGAUCUCAAGAAGAGCAAAUUGGGCGGUGACAAGGUGAAGGUGGCGUUGGAGCUAGUGCGAUCUGGUCUGGAGGACGAGGCGUGGGGGCAGAAGCAGUACCCCAACAGCUGGAGCUCGUGGGUCAAGGAGAAGCGUGGUGUUGGGGUUACCAGUGGAGCUGGUGGGGUUACCAGUGGAGCUGGUGGGAUAACCAGUGGAGCUGGUGGGGUUACCAGUGGAGCCAGUGGGGUUACCAGUGGAGCUGGUGGGGUUACCAGUGGAGCUGGUGGGGUUACCAAUGGAGCUGGUGGGGUUACCAGUGGAGCUGGCAGGGUUACCAGUGGAGCCAGUGGGGUUACCAGUGGAGCUGGUGGGGUUACCAGUGGAGCUGGUGGGGUUACCAGUGGAGCUGGUGGGGUUACCAGUGCAGCUGGUGGGGUUACCAGUGGAGCUGGUGGGGUUACCAGUGCAGCUGGUGGGGUUACCAGUGGAGCCGGUGGGGUUACCAGUGGAGCCGGUGGGGUUACCAGUGGAGCCGGUGGGGUUACCAGUGGAGCCGGUGGGGUUACCAGUGGAGCUGGUUCAGAACGGCCACAUGUGUGUGACAUGCCGGGUGUGGGUCUGUUAAACAUAGCUUCAAUGAGAGAUGCUACAGGAGGGGAUGUGCUGGCAGGUGCGGUAGCUGGCAGGCAGAGGCAACGGCAGGGAAUGGGGGGUGCUGACAGGGGUAGAGACGAAGGGAACGCUGAAGGCUGUGAGGGGCGGGGUGGACGAGAGGUGGGUGGGAGAGGGGGUGUUGUGCGAGGAAGAGGUGUUGUGAGAGGGGGUUCAGUGAGAGCUGGCGAUGGGCGAGGGGGUGGGGAGAGAUGGAAUGGGAUAAAGGGUUUUGGGCAGAAUGAUUUGUUCAUGAGAAAAGGGGAGGAAAGUGCGGUGCAAGUGGCGAGCAGGUGUGGUGUGAGUGGGCGCGUGCAGAGCGGCGGGCUGUUGGAGAUGCUUGGCGUGGCAAAGGUGGUGCCGCCUUCCAGCACUGAGGUGACUUUUGAGAAGACUCAAAAGCCACCUCGCGUGCAGAGCGGGGGGCUGUUGGAGAUGUUUGGCGUGGAGGAGGUGGUGCCGCCUUCCAGCACUGAGGCUUCUGAAGAUGGGAGUAGCGAGGAGGACGGGGAGGAGGAUGUGGUGGAGGCGGAGGUGAUGGGGGAGGAAGAGAAAGGAGAGGAGGAGGAAGAGGAAAAUGAGGAGGAGGAGGAGGAGGAGGAGGAGGAGGAGGAGGAGGAGGAGGAGGAGGAGGAGGAGGAGGAGGAGGAGGAGGAGGAGGAGGAGGAAGAAGGAAGGGGAAGAUGA